UGGAUUUGACGGGAAGAUGACAAAUUAAUUUAUCUCUUCGGUUAAAAAAGAGACUUGAGGUUUCCCGCUACCAUGUCCGGAGAGGAGGGGAACUGGGUUCAUUUACAUUUUCAAUUUCGCAGAAGGUAUCUUAUGUCAUCACAGGUGCUUGUUGUCCUCGCACUGCAAAGAGCUUCGUGCUUAAUUUUAUACUCGUGGGAGGUUUUCGGACUAAAUCAGUAAAGGUUGUCGUUGCUUGGAGGUAAACUAAUAUGUCUGACAGAGAUCGCUUGAUCGCUAACCCAGGGAGAACCGAAAUCGAACGGGUACGCUCCAAACACAUUGAAAUUAAAGAUGUUGGUACCACCGUUAAAAUCAGAGAUGAAAUUCACGCCCGUACAAAUCAUUACAUCAAACAGAGCAAACCUUACUUCCCAAAAGAUAAGUUGCUUACCUACAUCGAUUGUCCGUACUUUUUAAGAGUCGCGCGAUGGCUGUGCUUUGCCAGCCUCUUUGGAGCCCUUGUUGCAGGCGGUGGAUCAAAGGCUAUUCCUGUGUUUUUUCUCGUUGUCUGCCUGCUGUUCUUCUUGUUUUACUGCCAACACGAAUGGGUGAAUCAGAAGACCUUGCCUGUUGUCCAUAAACAGCCCUUCAUCCCUGGUCAGAAAUCACCCAACUCAUUCUACGAGGUGACCAUCACUGAACUUGAUGGAAUUGCUCUCCAGAAUUACCAAGCUGGUAUUGGUUUUGUUGAACUUUCUCAGGGAAAGAUUGAAUUUCAGGCAUUCAACAAUACCGCGAAGAAAUACAUGUCCGACGCCAAAUGUCAUUCUCGAUUGAUGCUUCUCCUUUUCUUGGCGGCUUCUGUCUACAACUGCUACUUUGUGGCAGCCUAUUGACUAACUGGGUCAACGUUACGCGGAUAAUAUCUUAUGAAGAUGAUAGUAAAAUUGUAGUUAUCAUGGAGCUCAGAUGCGAUUCCUGAUUUGUAGGUACAAAUAGGCACAGAAAUAUAGCAAAGGAUUCCCACUGUGUUAAGCUGAAAAGCUUCAAUUAUCUGGGAACCGGCACAACCUGAGAAAAGGCUCGUGAGUUUUCAGAACUGAAUUUGUCGGUAAAAUCCGAAGACAAUUUAGACAAGACAUAUUUAAGCUCUUGUUUGGGAGAAUUUAGUGAACUGGUUAAAUUUUAACUCUUGAAAUCAUCCAAUAUGAAAAUUGUGUGACAACA